AGGUGCCAAAAAAUAAAAGAACCUAUGAGGCUAUAAAUCUCAAGAAGAAACGCCAUUGGGUUGUAGUUGCGAACCCGGUCGACGAUCUCUAGAGUCCCAUCCAAUCCAAUCCAAUGGCAAGUGUUCAUCCUAGGGUAGGAUCGAGAAGAGAAAAGUCAAGAGGACGUCAUCAUGGUUUAAGCCAACAAAAGAGGCAAGAGAUAAGGGAAGCAUUUGAACUCUUUGAUACGGAUGGUUCUGGGACUAUUGAUGCCAAAGAGCUGACUGUUGCCAUGAGGGCCUUGGGUUUUGAAAUGAUAGAUGAGCAAGUUAGUCAGAUGAUUGCUGAUGUAGACAAAGAUGGCAGUGGUUCAAUUGAUUUUGAUGAAUUCGUUUACAUGAUGACAUCCAAGAUUGGAGAAAGGGAUUUCAGGGAACAGUUGAUGAAAGCUUUUUGCAUUAUUGACCAAGAUAGCAAUGGAAAGAUAUCUGCCGUUGAUAUCCAGCGUCUUGCUAAAGAUUUGGGGGAAAACUUUACUCUUGAAGAGAUCAGAGAGAUGAUAACAGAAGCAGACCGCAAUGGCGAUGGAGAAGUUGAUGCUGAUGAGUUUAUCAGGGUGAUGAAAAGGACAGGUUAUGGUCAUUAAAUAUCCAAAAUUAUCUUGCUGCAAAAGACUCAUUCUUUAUGAUGCAAGUGACUCAGAAAGCCUUGAACUCAAGAUUAUGAUGCAACUUAAAUUAACCAAUCUGUCAUAUGAGAUGGUUUUCUGUGUAUAACCAUAUUUCACUUGCCCAUAUAAGCCUUGUGUGGAUUCUGGAGUUUCAUUGAACAUGUUUUAUUUAUGGUUGUGUUUAUUGGUAGUUGUGUACUCUAUUAAAAAUGGGUAAAUUUUGGAUGUUGAAUGGAUAAAUCGUUCACCAGAUUUUUAA